GUGCCCUUAGAUGAUCUCUUGAGUCCAGAUGACUGGGAGAGGAGUGUGAUUUGUCUUCAUGGGAGUAGACUUUAUGAUGUGAUGUGAUUGGCUUUUAGGGUAUUUAUAUUAUGGAUACGUGUAAGACUAGUCUGCACACACACACAAACACACACACACAUCUCUGCCUGGGGAAGAGUUGCAUUGUUGGACUCCAGGGAAAUACCAGAAAUCAGGAACAAUGAAGUACGUUUUGUUAUUUAUUUUGCUGACCCUCUUGGGAAUGUGCUCGGCCAGAAAUUAUGAAAAUGUGGCCUUGCGUGGCAAAGCAACUCAGUCGCAUCGCGUUCUGCAUAACUUUGGGGAUGCCUCCAGUGCAAUCGAUGGAAACCGUGAAUCAAACUUCGACGCUGGUUCAUGCACUCACACUAUAGAAAUGGAAAACCCCUGGUGGAGAGUGGACCUGCUGGACAGCUACAUCGUCACCUCCGUCGUCAUCACCAAUAGAGGAGACUGCUGUUCAGAGAGGCUCAAUGGGGCUGAGGUUCACAUAGGCAACCACUUACAAGACAAUGGUGCUGCAAACCCACUGGCUGGAACCAUAUCUCACAUCCCUGCAGGCAGCUCGCACACCCUGACUCCAAGCUCUGGUACCAGUGGACGUUAUGUGACAAUCGUUCUACCCGGUGCUAAAAGGUAUCUUACGCUGUGUGAAGUGGAAGUUUACGGGUACCAUGCCCCGACAGGAGAGAACCUGGCGCUCAAAGGAAAAGCCUCACAGUCAUCAUUGUAUACAGAAGGCAAUGCAUACUUUGCUAUUGAUGGGAAUAACGACAACGAUCGGGCCCACAGGUCCUGCUCUCACACCGGCACUAACUUCGCCCCCUGGUGGCGACUUGAUUUGCUUAAAACCCAUAAAGUGGAUUCUGUUAAGAUAACCAACCGCAAAGCUCUUGAUUCCUAUCAACGACUGAGUGGAGCCGAGCUGCGCAUUGGAGACUCACUUGAAAACAAUGGCAACAACAACCCAAGAUGCGCCGUGGUAGAUAACAUCCCUGCUGGAGCGACUGUUGAAUUUCAAUGUAAUGGGAUGGAUGGCCGCUAUGUGAACGUAUUCAUCCCUGGAAAGGAGGAGUACCUGACCCUGUGCGAGGUGGAGGUUUAUGGCUCCGUCCUGGAUUAGCAUCAAGAUUCACUUUAUCCAAAAUGAGCUAAAUUUAACCAACUGAACUCACAUGAAUCAAACUAAUAGAUACGGCUUAAUUUUGAUUGUUUGCAUUGAAAAUAAUAAAAUUUGUGUAAAAGGAUAA